AUGCUCGAGCGCACGGCGGGAUGUCUUGAAACAGGCAGUCUGCGGCGCCUUCUACCAGGACCAAAACACUUAGCCAAAAGUCGUCGCGCACUUCAUUCGGGAUUCUGGACCCACGGUGCAAUUGAGCUUGAGCUCUCGCCGUUAUGGCAGCUCAUGUUACAGGGACCUGAUUCUAUCGAGGGCUCGAACUCACGAUCGCCCAACGAUGGAACUGUGAGCGAGAAUCCUGGCAUCUUCUUGGAUUUUCUCUAUCCAGCCGGUACCCUCAGAUUCCUACGGCAAUAUCCAGGGAUGGGCGUUGAUAGACAAGAUGGGAAGAGGGCCAGAUUGGGAUUGAGAAGUCAUGGCUAUCGGCUCUACUCAUCUUCUGCUAAGAAACCUUCGUUAGCAUUGGUUCCAGUAGAUGUAGAGACGAAAGGAUCCACCGAGAUUAAGAAGCGUCCUAUUAUACAUGAGGCGCCUGACGAUGCAGCAACCAUUGCAACUGUUCUAGGAAUAACAACAUCAUCCCGAUACGAAGAGGUAUGGCGAAAAUAUCGGCGUCUGGAAUUUGGGAGCUGGGCCGAGGAGCGAAUUCGAAUCCAAGUCUUAGAAUAUAUGGCUGCUUCAAAUCGGAUAGUAGAUGCGGAGAGGGCCACUUCAUUAUUCGAGCGAUCUGAUGAACGUCGAGAGAAACCAGAGAUAUACGAGAUUGUGAUUCGUACUUAUUUGAGACUGCAGAAUUUUUCGAGAGCGAAUGAACUUUACCACUACUCCCUCGAAAAGUUCAACACAACGGCUGGAGGAUCAGAUAUUAUGUUACAUCUCAUGACAAAUAAUUUAUGGUCGCAAGCCUUCGCUCUCUGGACAGAAGUGCAGCUGCAUGAGAAUCUUGCCGGUCCACGUUAUGAUAUGUUUAAAAGUCUACAUCACAUAGAAGACCUUCCAAACAAAGCUUUACUUCUAGCAAAGUAUGUCAACAAGUCACUCCGCCUUCCCACAGAAGUUGAAACUCUACCAUCUGAAGCCCUCACGAAAUUUGCCACGGCAGUGAUCACGUCAGCUCUACUAAGUGCCAAACACUUUUCAUAUGCUACAUUCUGGCCUCUUCUAAGGCAUAUUCAGCACUGGGGAACUGAGUCUGUUUCUCUUUAUACACAGGCAACAAGCAUGCUACUGUCUCUUGGUCAACUAAAAGCAGCAAUCGUUCUUUACAGGCAGGCCCGAGUAAGCCCAAUGAAGAAUCUCUUACUUCCAAGAUCCAUGUUACAAUCCGUACUGCAAAUAUUUUUCAAAAAUCAUGAUUUGAUUGGGGUCCAAGAAGUGUUUGCGGAUAUAUUUCGCUUCAAUCAGACUUUAGAUCGAGCGUCGCACAGGAGAUGCAUGGAUGAAUUUGCACGCCACGGAGAUGCUGACACUGUUCAUGCCUUGUUUGAGCAGUUUGCAGAAAAGUAUAUGCGAUUAGAAAGUGAAUCUGCAACAACUCCUAAUCCUCUGGCAUCAGCCGACGAUAUGGCUCCUCUCUUACAUGUUCACGCAAGGCGGGGAGAGCCCAAAAUAGUCCUCGAGGUAUUCAAAAGUAUUCGAAAGAAAUAUCGUCUUAAGCCGACCAUAACAUGCUGCAACAUUCUCAUCAGUGCUUAUGCACAGGUUGGCCAAGUUGAUGAUGCCUUGGAGACUUUUGAAUCUACUGUCACAAAACGAAAACUUCAACCAGACGACUACACAUUUGGAACACUGAUGGGGAUGUGUGCCUCGCGUGGUGAUCUCGAAAACACCAUUGAGCUGUAUCGGGUGUCUGCUACUUAUGGAGUUGAGAAGAGUGCAGCUAUGGUUAGCACUCUCGUGACUGCCUAUUUGGCAGGCGAUCGAUUGGAAGAAGCUGAAACCAUAUGCGAAGAGGCCGUGAAUUUAAAGUUCUCGGAUUCACGAACCCGCAUGUGGAAUUCUUUGCUUGUUGCUUGGGCGUUGCGUUAUGACCUCAUCAACGUUAAUCGAAUCCUUCAAAGAAUGUCUAAGCUUAACAUAGAGCAUGACGGUGAUACUUAUGCCGCUCUCAUGCAAGCGCUGGCUAUGGUAAAACAACCUGAACGUGCCUGGCAAAUUUUAGCAGAAGUUAUGCCAGAAGCUGGUAUACCUGCCACUAGUCUUCAUUAUGCGAUUGUGAUGGGUGGCUAUCUUGCUGCUAAACGCUACAGGGAUGUUUUUGUAAUCCAAGAUCGAAUGCUUGAGCAAAAAAGAAUGAAAACUGCAAGUACAAAAUUCUUGGAAUUAAGAGCUGCAAUUCACGCAGCUAGGCUUACUUGGGGAGACCCACACGGUGCCACGGAGAUUUUUGAACAAGUUGUCCAAACAAUCAAUCCCCGCGACAUGAGUGACAAAGUCAGGAAAGGUAUCCAGCACGAGCCACUUGAUAUCGCUUUUCCUACCACGUUCUUUGGGUAUAUUGUAUUCGUGCUUUCCAAAAACAUGGAGAUAACAUCCGCUAAGGAUAUGCAUCAACGUUUCUUGAGAUUGCUACCAGCCGAUAGAAGAGACACACAACCCGGGAAUAUUACCACUGCUUUGAUGUCACUAAAACUUCAAGAGUUGGAUUAUGACGCCGUAGAAGAUCUGUGGCAGCAGUUCGUGUCCGAUACUAGAAAGCGAGCUCAAUCCCUUCGGCUUUCAAAAUCACUUUCUCGUACCAAUGAUUCCGAAAAGGCAGAAGUGGUUGAAGGUGAGGUCGGCCAUGCACCUGGAGAGGGCGUUUUGGAGGAUACCAAAGUCGAUGAGAGCAAGGAGCCAAUUAAGGCAGCACAUAGACUCGCUCUGACAAAAGCCUUGCAUUUCUACAUGAUGGCUCUUGUAAGGCAAGGGAAAAUCAACGUUAUGAUACGAACUGUUAACGAGAUUACGGAUAUGGGAUUUCAAUUAAGCAAUCAAAAUUGGAACGAAUAUAUUCAACAUCUUACCAAGUUUCGACAUUUUAAACUAGCAUUUAAGAUAUGCGAAACGGUUCUUAUGGAUCAUUGGAAGGGAUGGGCGAAGCUGAGAGCUCUAACAAGCGAGAAGAACAGAUUACCUUUGGAAAUCAGGAGGAAGGGAAAGCUACUGACGUCUCUACGUCCAGAAUACCGCACAUUCUUGUACCUUACCAAAGGAUUCCUUAAUAUACAAGCUAUGGCGGCGGAAUCAAGAGCUAAUCGGCUUUUACUAAAUGAUUUGGAGCAUGAUUGUUCAAGGACACUGAAUGCUAUCAAAACAAUGGUUAGAACGGGAGAUUCUCUAGAACGAGAAAUUUUGGGGUGA